AGACACACCACAAGUUUCUGUGACAGGCGUAGCUCGCAGAGAGAUGGGACAGCGGUGGCAAUGCUGCCUCAAAGUGCCCCAGCAGGGCUGGCUGGACUCUUUUGGAGGGAGCUCUGAGGCACUUCUGUUUCCAGCAGUGCUGGAGGGAAGACUUAGAUUUGAAGACAAGGGAAAAAAAUCCCCCAGUUCGUGCUUGAAACAAUCCCAGACCAGUUUGACUUUGGAUGAACAGCUCCAUUUCAGUGGAAUUGAGUAUUCCCCUGAAAAGAUCACAAAUUUGAACUCAAAACCUGCCCACCUAGGGUAUUGAGAAUUAACAAGAAACAAGGAUUCUUAGGUCAGCUUUGGAGGGAGUUGCUGCUGGUUACAAGGACAGUUUCAGACACACACAAAACCAGAUAUGCCUUUGUAGUCUCAGUGGUGGUGUAAGCCAUGAAGUUGUGUUGCAGAUGUGGUGUGUGUUCAGUUUUGCUUUCAUUUUGAAAGGUCUGUGUUUGCUGAGGCGCACGAUGUCUGCCCUGAGGCUGAUCUCUAACAGAACCUCCCAGCAGGCCUUGUCCAACUCUGAUUACACCUGGGACUACGAGUACUAUGAGUAUGGACCAGUGUCAUUUGAAGGUCUGAAGGCUCAUAAGUAUUCCAUUGUGAUUGGAUUUUGGGUUGGUCUUGCAGUUUUUGUCAUCUUCAUGUUUUUUGUCCUGACCCUGCUGACGAAGACAGGAGCACCACAUCAAGACAAUGCAGAACUUUCUGAAAAAAAAUUUCACAUGAACAGCUUUGUGGCAGAUUUUGGAAGACCUUUGGAGUCUGAGAGGGUCUUUUCUCACCAAAUGGCUGAAGAAUCCCAGUCACUUUUCCAUUUCUGCAUUAAUGAAGUGGACCAUAUGAACAAAGAAAAAGCAAGUCAGAAAGGUCCAAGUCUGGAGAGUAAUACCCACUUCCAGGAGGUUCCCAAGAGCAGUGGGAUGUUUGAGGAAGACCUACAUUGUCUUACAAAAUUUAACAUUCCUAACUUUGUGAACACUGAGCAGAACUCUUCAUUAGGUGAGGAUGAUCUCCUCAUCUCAGAGCCACCAAUCCUUUUAUAAAGCAAACUGGUUAUGCAAUCUUAACAUUGGAUCCUUGAUUGAAAUAUCUUGUACUUUAAGGGAAACAUCCCCAUUAUUGUCCAGUUUGAAGCCUUUCUUGGCCUCCCGCUCUUUUGACAGAAGGUAUUUCAGACCUGUGCUUUUUAUUGUAUGUGAGACUGGCUGUAUUGAUAGAACUCGAUUUAGACAGGAAGUAAGACACUGAAUGCUUUAUUCUGAUGCCUUCUGUGGUCUAAAACUUCUGCCCAGUAUUAUUUUUGCUUUUUGAUUUUGUUUGUUUCUUGUACUGUUCGUCAUUUUUAAAUUACUACUUAUGACCAGCUUCUGAAGGAUCAUAAUUUAUAAGAAUAGUGAAGGCUGGAGCCUGGCAGUGGGAGGUCUGUGAAAAUUCAUUGGCCAAGAAAAGUGUAAAUCUCAAAGAAGACUGAAAAAAGGAAUAAACAGCCCCUGGGGAUGCUCUGUAGUUUCUGCUGCGCCCAAUAAGGAUGCCUGAAGUUGAGCACCACAACAAAUACCUGCCUGGGACUAACUUCAGUUUCUGAUCCCUAACUGCUUUUUGGUGCAGGUUAAACCCAAUUUACAAAACUUCCAGAGGAAAUACCUUGCAAAUUAAAUUGUUUGGUUACAGUGUUUACAAAAUGCUAUCACCACCUGCUGCUGAGUAAAAACAAACUGGUGCUUGUAAUUAUAUUGCAGAAUGACACCUCAGCAGCUGCUCAUGAUGACAUGGAAUUAGUAUUCUAUACACACACACAAAACGGUGAUUUGACUCUUUCUUUUUCUUUUUUUUCUGCUAAUUGCUGGACUCAGUAGCUAAAUCACAGGAAAUAAGAAAAACCCUAUUUUUCUUUUGCCAAUAAAGUUACUACAUGCAAAUGCUGGUGGUAUGCUAAGCUGGUGUCAUGUGUUGCUAAUAGGCUGAACCUUCCUAUGCUUUUUGCCUUUAUAAAAGGUCAUUUCUUUACUCAUUGGCCAGUGAAGUGCUUGCAGGCUUUUUGCUGAGAGGACCAAAUCUGAAAGUAUAGCUAAGCUGUGCUUGCUCCAUCUUCUUUUGUCCUCAACUGCGAUAGUGUUGCAACCCCAGCUGUUCUCCAGUGAAAGAUUUGGACUUGCUAGUGUUUAAAGCAACAGGAUUACACUUAAAGCAGAGACUUUAAAACUAGCAGAUUAUUGCUGAAAAUAGUUCCCUAAGACUGAAAUGAACCCUGUUCUGAAUGAGUACAGCUCCAUGACCUGCAAUGCACAGCUCCAGUAAAAUGUUUCUGGUGCCUUCUUUCACAGGAAAUACAUAACUACAACUGUGAAGGCUGUAAGUGUGGACUUUCCUUUUCCUAAAUUUGGGAAAUCUGUCUCUGAAUCUACUUCCUGCUGAGGCACCUCAGUACCAUUAGCUAUCUGAUGGUUAAAGUUUGAAGCUCAGUAUCAUUUUUGCUAACUCAUUGUGGGACUUGUAGUAAAUGGAGCUUUUAUAGCUGAUUUCUGGAUGACUGAGCUGCCUUCGGUAAUGUUUGAGCUAUUAUUUUAUUUUUUCCCUUGUUGUGCUUGAAAACAGCAAUGCUGCUUGAAGGAAUGGCAAAUCUAUGUGGAAUCCAUCUUCUUUUCAACUGAGAAAUGAAGGGUAUUUUUAUGCCAUUUAAAACUACUUUUUAUAGAUUGUUUAGGCUAGAAAAAGACCUUUAAGAUCAUAAAGUCCAACCAUUAAUUCAGUACUGCCAAGUCCCCAUGUAAAUCACCUUACUCUGUGCCACAUGGCUUUUUCAAACCUCUGGGGAUGGUGACUCCACUGCCUCCCUGGGCAGUCUGUUCCACAACCCCUUGGGGGGAAAAAUUCUCAAAAGUUUCAGAAGUUUCAAAAUAAUGCAGAUGGGGUUUUAUAAAAAGAAGACACUGCUAUUCCCUGUAGGCUAGCCUACGCUUUUCUUCUGCUUCCUUAAAUGUCAGUGGCUUUUCUUUGGGUACAUAACUACUGUUUUGGGGAGAAAAAGGAAGCAUUUUGUGUAUGGAUACUGGGAAUAAUGCCUAGAUGAAAGGUGCUUAAUAAAAUGACCCAGAGAUGAUUCCAUCUUAACUUAGAACACAUUUGAACUGCAUAGUUAAUAUCCUUCUGCAGCAUGUAUUAAUCCUGUAAAGCUAUUUAAGUGUUUGGUUCCUGCUUCUAUUCUUUCCUGAUGACAGAUCUACUUUUUUCAUCUUAUCUCUCUUCUAUGUUUAAGGUCCUUCAUGCUGCUUUUCUCAGAAAAAGAACCUGCCAGUCCCCACUGUAGAGCUCCCACACCACUCCAGAGACACUGUGGCAGCAAUGGUCUGAUUCAGAUUUUUGCUCUGCCUCAGAGCAAACGCAAAAAUGUUCUGCAGUUUUCAAAAGCAGCUAUUUUAAGGCUGUCCUUCCUUUUUUUCCCCUUUUAAAUAAUAAUAGAUAUAUUUUGCCUCAGGGGAAAGGGCAAUAUAUAACCUGUUAAAAAAUAACCUUUUCUCAGAAAAUCAACUCAUUGAUGCACUAGAAGCAGAAUAGAAAGUGUUCUAAUCAGAGUAAUCUUCAAAAGGAGUACUUGGAAUUGAGUGGUGUUUGAAAAUUGAAUUUUUGUGAGUUUUCUUAGUGCUUGGCCUCAAGCCUCUUCUCAAAACUCAGUAUAAAUGCAUCACCUGCAGCAGAUUUAACUGCAGAGAGACAUAGCUCCUCUAAGCCAGCUAUAUAUGUUUGUUUGCCUAAACAUGACUUGUAUUCUGGAAGAACUUACUAGGUCAAGUUAUUUAUCCCAGUUUUCAAAGCUAAAUACUUGAAAAAUGCUCUUCUAUAUUAACAAGUUUUAGUUGUGUAUCUUAAAAAAAAAAGGCAAAACCCCAAAACCUAUAAUGUAAAAUCAGUAAAUGCCUGCUCAUAGAGAAGAGAAAGAGAAUGGUAAAACUGUGAUUAUCUCCAGUGCAAUCCAGAGCCAUACAGUCUCUGAGACUGCAAGGUGAAGUCAACAGGGUAUAUUUGUAAUGAAAUUAAAUAUUUAUGCACAAGAGCCCUGGACCCUGAAUACUGUAACACUGACAUUUUUUCCACUUUUUAGCCUUGGAUAUUGACAGGUAGCAAGGACAGCAGAGACCUGCUACCACACGUUCUCCAAUGAGAGCAAGAGAGGCCUGUGCUUUCUUAUUUUUGGAUGAGAGGUAUGUAGUUAGCUGUACGAAAGGCUACUUUCAAUUCUGAGAUAUCACUGGAUUUCUGUUCAAGAGUCAGGGCAGCACUUGAUACAUGACCCCCUUGUUCCUUGCAGAAGUGGAUUUGCACAGCUAGUGCUGGUGUAUCUGUCCUGUUUCCUUGUACUUUCCAGAAUAGGUUAAAUAUGGGAUAGA